GCAAUAAUAAUAGUAAUAAUAAUAAUAAUAACAAUAAUAAUAAUAGUAGUAAUAAUAAUAAUAAACAUUUACGUAGCUGUCAAGUGACAAGAUUGUGGCUUGAAGUGGAUCUAGAUAAUAGAGAGAAAUUGUGUAUAAUGGUUAAUAUUCUUUGGUUUAUAACUAUUACGUAUUGUGUCGAAUAUUCACUGACUUGAAGGAGGAAGGAAGUGCCUAUAAUACUCUAAUUCCUUCGAUGGAGACGCCGAGGGGCGCCGCCGCGGGGGGCCUCUGAGCGACGCCCUUCCGCUCGCGCAGAUGGAGCAGGUGCCGCUGGAGGCGCUGUGGUGCCAGUGCCAGGGCAACGCCAGCGCCACGCCGCACCUGCACCAGAUCCACGCCCAGGUGGCCCAGAUGCACGCGGACGCCGCCCACCACGCCCUCUGCUACGUGGGCGUGGUCGUCUCGCUCUACCUGCUGGGCCUCGCCGCCAUCAUCGGGCGGUCGGGGCGGUCCGAGCGCCAGGCGGCGGCGUCGGCGCUCGCCUCCUGCCUCUCCGGCGCCCUCGCCUCCGUCGGCCGCCUCGCCGCCUCCGUCGGGAGCUCGAGGGCCGCCCCCGCGGCGCCCACGGCCGUCCGGGAGCAGCCGCUCAGGCCGGCCAUCGCGCUCCUCCCCGUGCCCCUCCAGCAGAUGCCGGGGGCGCCGCCCCCCCGCGACUACUCGUCAAUAAAGCCCUCGGAGCUGCAGGUGCAGCUGGUCGUGCCUGACGACGACGACGACGACGCGGAGGUGUCCAUGAUCACCUCGGUGGCCUAGGGCCUCCGCGACCCGCCAGCGCCGGCAGGACAAUCAGUCGAAAGCUGUGCAGGUUGUGUUGCAGCGUUCCGGGCUUCGAAGCGGCCUUUGCGCGUUCACGGGUGAGGUUCGAACAAACCUGAACAAAAGAAAAAGGAAAACGAAGAAA